AUGGCGAAGUGCUUCUAUGAGCUGCCAGAGCCGGUGGCUGCCACGGUGAUGGAGGUUGAUGGGAUUAUAUUAACCCCCACCGACGCCCUCCCCCCCACGCACGCCACCUCCCCCACCCUCAUCACCCUCCCCGCACACAACCCGCGCCCCGCCCAACGCGCCAGCCGCCUCCUCGCCCCCUCCGACGACCCCCCGCCGCCAAAGGGGCUCUGGCAAACCCUCUACCACACCUUCAACUACCUCCCGGCCCUGCAGCGCCUGUACUCGACGCCGACCGACCUCCUCGUCAAGCACCUCCUCUCCGGCACCAGCCCGCACACCGACAAGCUCCUCGGAACCCCGCCGCCCCGGCGCUGGAACACAUCCCGCAGCGGCCUCGAGAAGACGGAGCAUAUCGCCUUCCACCCGCGCCUGCCGCUGCUCGCCCUGUCGUCGACGUGGGCGCGCAUCCACAUCUAUGACCUGCGCACGGGCGCCUUUGCGCCGUACUUCCUGUGUGCCGCGGAUACGCCGGCGGCCGUUACCAUCACCAGUCUUGCGUGGAAUGGAGUUAACCAGCUUGCGGUCGGGAUGGAUAGCGGCUGUGUGGAUGUAUGGAAUGUCGACCUGUCCAUUGAGAAUGCGGACGAGUGGGUGGAGGAGAGCCUGCUGAAGAGGAAGGCGAGGAGGCCCGGCCCGCUGUUUGGACUGACGCCGACACCGAUGCGGAGGCGCGCACAGAACUUGGCGGCAUUCCGGGGGCAAGCAUUCUUUGAGACGAAGCCGUCGCCUAGGACCGCAGAAAUCCUAUCCGGGAUUGAUAUCGACGGGUUCUCCUCGUCGUCGUGGUCGCCGGCGCCUUCUGAAGACGGUGGCGGCGGCGGUGGGUCGCAGAGAGCACGAGUGGAGCGCAUCCGCCUGCUCCCACAGCAUGCCCACCAGCCUGCAUUCGUGGGGAUAAUCACACACGUCGCCUUCUCCCCGAACGGGAAGCACCUGGCACUCGGGACAUCGAUGGCCGGCGUCUGGCUGCACAACAUCACUCUCGAGACCUCCUUCCGUGCCUAUCCCGCCAUUGCGAUACCCUCCUCCGCCGCUCACUGCACUGCACUUGCCUGGAGUGCCAACGCCGCAAGCAUCGUCGCUGCGUUCGCAGGCGGCCUUGUUGUUGUCCUGCCAGUGCGCGAGAACGGCGCCGGGAGUGUCACAGUAGGUGCCGCUGUGCGGUUCUACCCGCAUGUGCUGCUCGGGGUUAGGCUUGGCCGUGGAGUGGGAUCGGUUUUGAUUGUGCCUGGAGCGGCGUUUCCGACGGUUGUGGUGGCGCUGAAGCGCCGGCCGGGAGUCCAUGUCUUUCGGCUUGUGCCCGAGUCGGUCCUGAGGGCGACUGUCCGGGCUGCAAGAGCGGGCUUGGGCGGGCACGGUGGUGAGAUUGUCGGGCUUACACGGAGAAUCUAUAACUUUGCGAUCCAAGCCGCAGCACAGCUAUUAUUCGGUGACAACGGUGGUGAGACUAUCACCAUCGUCCAUGUUGGCAGUCUCGAGACCGAAUGGACACCAUACGCCCCUACCACUAACGCUACCUCCUCCAAUGCGCGGAAGCCCGCUACUCUCGACGACAAUGAUCCCGAAGCCGCGAUUUCCGGCUACGGCGGUGCAGUACAGCACAUGGCGCUCGAUCCCAGCGGCCAGCGCCUCAUAGUCGUCUUCUCCGGCGGGCCCGACACCCACCGGUCCGUCGUCUGGUUUGACGCCAGCAGCAUCACUGCGUCCGCGGCGGCCAUAGGGGCCCUCGGCGUGCUCAAGAUGGAGCGGGUGGGAGAGGUCGGAUUUGCGGCGGGCGGUGGGGAGAGUGUUUGUGCUGGUAUUGUUGUGAACGGUGGCAGGAACAUUGCGUUUUUCAGGGGCGUGGGGAGUGAAAAUGCCUAA